AUGCAAGGACUGUUCGUCGAGACGUCCGAGGUCUCCGAGGUUGACGAUGAUGAAUCGGAUGUAUUGGAGCAUAUCAGUUUCAGUUUCAUAGACCUGACGGAAAUGACUGGGAUCAAGACCUUCAUCUUGGAUUCCUGCAACGGGCUUAUCCUUUUCGGGCAUCGUCAGGAGCCAUCUGAUCCCCUUUACUAUACCGUGUGCGACCCAACCACAAAGCAAUGUCACUCAGAUCUACAGCACAUACUUGUUGUAGAUGGUAAAGGGAAGGCAAGAAGGAUGAUCCCUGUGCCGGGUAUGGCUGAUGGGAGGCCCGGGCACGCUUUUGUUUGUUAUUUAGGUCAGUCCCAAGGGCACCUACAUUGUGUGACUAAAAAGAACGAAAAACUAUCCACCGGGGUUCUUCAGGAUUAUGAUACACAUGAAUGGGUGUUGAAGAACACAGUGAACUCUUUGGAUGUCUUUGGAGAAACAGGACGCUUCUUAGAGUUUCAAGUGGUUGACAUUCAUCAAGACUGUAAUGUGGUUUUCUUUCUUCAUGACUACUGUAAGCUGACAGCAUACGACAUGGACUGUAAGGAAGCGAGUGUCAUUGCGACUUUCAAAAAUGACAAAGACCAGUGCGAUUUUGCUCGUUACGUUCCCUAUUUCUUAGAAUCACCGGAUCUCACAAAUAAGCACUGA